AUGGCGAGAAUCCCUUCAAACAUCCUGGUCCCAAAUGGCAUCAAGACUAUUCUGCCACCUUCGUUUGUCAGCUGGGCCAAGAACAACAAGGACUUGGACCACCAGCAACUCAUCAGAGACGAAUACUUUGCUAGUUACCCUGGUUUCGACGUCCAGCAUGUCUUGCAUCACCCGAAUAGGAUGGUCAUCAACAUGGUCCAGGGAAAGUUAUCCAAAACUGACAAGACUCUCCCUGUUAUGAAUGAACAUAUCAAGGCGGGCUUAUCUGACAUUUGGGGAGAAAGCAAAUCUUGGAAGACGCUCAACUGGGAAGAUGGAACAACUGGGGUUAUUUCGCGUGCAGCAGCAUCUAUCUUUGUCGGGCCGGAACUCGCUGCUGAUCCUGAAUGGCAAAAGGCCUCGAGAGCUUAUGUUCUGGAUUACUUUGGAGCUGUUGGAGAAAUGCAUAUGUGGCCCUCGUGGUUGAGAUGGCUGGUUGUCUGGUAUCUUCCCGGUGCCUCUGCUUGCCGUGCUGGUUUGAAGCGGGCUCGCGAAAUGGUGAACAAGGUCGUUCAGGAGAGACGACAAGAGGAAAAAGAAGCUAGGGUCAAAAGAAAAGAGGCUCCUGCUUAUUAUGACGCCCUUGCUUGGACACUUGAAUCGCCACUUGGAAACGAAUUUGAGCCGGCGGAUGUUCAGCUUGCUCUGGCUAUGGCCGCCCUGUUUACCACUUCAGAGCUCUUUCGACAGAUCCUCAUUGAGGUUGCUCACCACCCUGAGGUUGUUGAGCAUCUGAGGCGAGAGAUUGAAGAUGCUGCACCUGAUCACGACUUUACUGCCAUGUCGCUCGUCAAGAUGCAGUUGCUCGAUAGCUUCAUGAAGGAGACACAAAGACAAAUCCCGUCGCUAGUGAUAUUGGAGAGAUUGGUCAUUCGCGACACUCGGCUUCCUGAUGGCACUCUUCUCGAAAAAGGAACUCAUAUCGCCAUCGAUGCUCGAGAGAUGUACAACCCCGCUAAUUUUGGGAAUCCCAAGGAGUUUAAUGCUUGGCGCUUUCAUAAGCGUCGACAAGCUGGUGACAAUACAAGCUUGUUCGUGCAGUCAAGCCCGGAGCAUGCCCAGUUCGGCAUGGGCAAACAUAUAUGCCCCGGAAGGUUCUUUGCUGGCAGCGAGUUGAAGCUUUGCCUGGCUCACAUCAUACUCAAAUAUGAUAUUAGAUUGAAGGACGGGUGCUUGGGAAAGCCUAUGCAGUUUGGCUUCUUGAGUGCUACUGAUCCAUUCACCCAGCUGGAAGUUCGAAGAAGAUAG